AAUUGUGUAUGAGGCAAAUAACAGUCAGGCAAAGAAAAAAACUACUUCACCGUCGUUUAUAGAUUUGCAUUGCGUUCAUAUAGUAAAGGGACAACAACAAAAUUCCUAUGACUGUCUCCCUUAUCCCACAUUUAAUUUCCCAAAAUUAUGUUGUGUUAGCGUUUCGCAGCUGUUUAGUACUGUAUAUUAGUUUAAUGCGAAGACGUAAAUAUCGCGACUUGCGCAAAAUGCCAAAAUGCUGCAGUCAUGCGGAACAAACACGUGCCUGGUUUUUAAACUCAAAACACAGCUGAUGGGCUGGUGUUUCGUUAUAUUUUAUUUAUAAAUAGUCCGCCAUGCUGCUUCGUUGCAUGUCCAAUUAUUAUGUUUUAUUGAAUGGUAUACGCUGUUUUUCGAGCAAACAGUGCAUCGUAUAUACUACCAGCGUAACCGACCCGUUUUACAAUCUUGCCUUUGAAGAAUGGAUGUUUAGAAAAGUCGAUUUUACGAAAACAAAUUGUUUAUUUAUUUGGAGAAGCCAACCUAGUGUUGUUAUUGGAAGGCAUCAAAACCCAUGGAAAGAAUGUAGAGUAAAUGACACAAUUUCGGAUGAAAUUAAUCUAUGUAGACGAAGUAGUGGGGGUGGAGCUGUUUACCAUGAUUUAGGAAAUCUGAAUUUCACAUUUUUCAACGAGAAAAGUGAAUACAAUACGAAACGCAAUCUCAAACUUAUUACAAGAGGUCUCAGAGAAACAUGGCCGUUUUUGGACGUUGAUGUAAAUAGAAGAGAUGAUAUAAUUUUAAAUAAAAGGUACAAAAUUUCAGGAACAGCUGCAAGACUUGGGCGUCGAAGUUGUUACCACCAUUGUACCUUGCUCGUUUCGACCAACAAGUCAAAUCUUACAAAAUAUCUUCACCCAAAUAAACUGAACUUAACGAGCAUUGCAACUGAUAGUGUGCGGUCUACUGUUCGGAACUUAUCAGACGAGGAUAAUACAAUAAACUGUAAAAACGUUUCAAAUGCCGUAACACAAGUCUAUGUCCGUCAAUUUUCUGGUGCUAAGUAUUAUGAAAUUGACACAAAAAGUGAACAACUCCUAACUGGGGUAACAGAAAUUGCGAAAGAAUUAUUACAAUGGGAAUGGGUGUAUGGGAAAACUCCUAAGUUUACAUAUGAGUUUGAUUAUUAUCAUGAAAAAAGCGAACAAACUUUUCCGAUAACACUAGAAGUGAAAGAAGGAAUUGUUUCAAACAUUACAGUUCAAGGAGAUGAAAUUCCAUUUUCCAUGGAAUCGUUUAUUGGAAAAAAAUUUUCGCCAUAAACGUUUUUUUUGCAGAAUAUGUGCAAUUUGCAAAAUGUUUUUUUCCUGUUAUUUUAUAGCCAAGUCCAAGAAUAUCAUAAAAUAAAUAAAUUAAACAAAUUGAUUGUGUUAACACAGAAACUAUUGUAAGCUGAGAAUUAUAAUAAAAAACAUUGUUUGAAAUAAACUUAUUUGCCAGUG